AGUCACAAUCUGAAAUGUUCCCCGCCCCUCUCUCCCCCAGUUUCCUGAAUUUGCUUUACCCCCUUCAAAUUGUGAUUUGAAGAAUUCUCGUGAAUUGAAAAGGCAACGUUACUUGCCUGAUCUAAACGAGAGAAAAUUCAAUUGAGAGAUCCCAAAAUUCCAUUGAGAUGUGUGAUAACGAAAAAGAAGAGGCAGCGAAUUUGAAAGAGGAAUUCGAAUGGGUACUUCGUGAAGAGGUACAUGCGAUAUUACAUCAACUCCACUCUGUUUUAGUCGAAUGCGCACAUCGGUUUCCGGUGCCCUUGUAUGGUAAUGAGGGCCAAAAGCAAGAUAAAUUCAUAUUGACAUCACAACCUGAACAAUUAAAAUGUAUUGUGACUUUAACUGGUGACAGUAUUACCCACGCAGACAUAAGUUUCAAGGUGCUGCGACAGAUGCACACAAUAUGCCGUACAUCAAUAAACCAGGAUGGGCCUUGGAAACUGCAACAGAUACAGGAUGCUGCCAAUCAUUUACAGCAAGCUAUUGGUUAUAUUGAUAAUGUGGAUAAACAUUAUGUUUUCAGAUCAUCUGAAGAGGUGCUCCAUAUAAUCCAAUGUCUGAUCGGCUCACUGCAGAGAGCUCGGACUGCAUUAGUGUUGCCUAAGAAAAAAGCAAUUGAUGAGCUUAUGAAGAGUAGAAAUAUGAAGGCCUUAUCGCCAAAUCUACCAGAAGACUUAGCAAUAUCAUUCUACAUACAAUCGCACAAGCUUAUAUUUGUUGCGUACCAACUUAGUUCGGUGCAUGGCACUAUGAGAAUUGACUCCUGUCAGGCGGACUGUGCGGUUCCAUGGUUGAGUGAUGUGUUGUUCAUGUUGACUGCAGCUCUCCAUAUGUGUCAACAACUUAAGGAUAAGCUGUGUGUCUUCUCCCAAUACAAAGACUUCACAGUGGGAUCAAGAUCUGCCUCCAUGGUGUUUAACUAAUUACCUGCCGGGAUGUUACCUAAUUCUCAACUGUAAGCAUUAUAUACCUAGGUAUGCGUAAUAUACAAAACAAUUGUAUGUAAGUACAUGUAUUUAUUUAGUUAUAGUUAUUGAGUCCAUUGUUGAUAUUCUUGUUGAGUAUGAUGUAAUAUAAUGUAUAGAAACUAAACUUACAACUUAAUAUAGGAAAACUAAUCUUGGGUCUGCCAUGAGUGUAUAUUUUGAGUAAUAACAAACGGGGAAAUAAGUAUUCGUUAAUUUAUUUCUAUUUCUUAUGUUAUUUAUGGACAACAUUAUGUUAAUUUAUGAUCUAAGAGUUAUGUUGAAGGUUAUGUUUUAAGUUAAUCUGCCGGUUUUAGGCCGCGUAUUUAUGUAGAUUGGUUAUUAGCUAAUAAAGAGCACAGUAUAAGCCAUCUGGCCAAUAAACUGAUGACAAUUGAACAUGGUUCAGUCACCUCAAUUUGUCCUCAAUUGGGAGUUAAUACUUUGCUCGAGUUCGCAGCAUGUUCAGUUCAAUUUUGAUUCAGUUCGAGCUCCGACCGGAUGGUUCUAGUUAGUCUAAUGUACACAACGCGUUGUAGGAUAUGACAAAGCAAUAAUAUUUUUACAGGCUAACAAAUUAACGCAUAAAAUAAAAGUGCAAAGUUAUAUUUGAAUAGCCCUUGUGUACGAUAAUGGCAUUUAUGUCGUGGCACAUAAAGUCCAUUGCAGAAUGAAGGUCCAAGUCUUGUAUUACGAAUUGAAAUACGGUAUUAUUUUAAGUUUCUAUUUAUGUAGAGGCUAUUUUAAGAUGUUUGACCCUUUGAAUAUAUGCGUAUUGGGCGCUGUGCGUAACCUCUCGUUUAUCUAAACAUUUAAUAGUAUCAUGUGUUCUACUUUACAAAUGUCUACUUAAUAUUUUACAUUGAUGUUAUUCUUGUUUUCACUAACAUAUAUACAAGUGUAUAAAAAUGUGUUAACAUGUACUGUUUUUCAAAGGGUUUAUAACAAAGUGCAUAAUACAGCAACAUUAUUAAUUAGUUAUUUAUUGCCAUGUUAAUAAAUAAAAUAGAUCUGAAUGUAUAGUUAAUGGAAUUAUAAAAUGUGUAAUUUGAAGCAAUAAAGCUUCUACCUUUUGUCUGUAAUGCCAUAGUUAACGAACUAAUUUAUAAUAGAAUAAUAUAAUACAUAAAUGUAUAGUUAUAUUUGAUAAUAAUAAUAAUCAAUUGGUAAGAAAGGAUCCGUCAAAUGAAACAACUUUAAAUAUCUUGCUUUCUAAAAAUUUGCAGUUUAUUUUUAUAUUCAAAUACUAAAUAUCUACUUAAUACAUUGUGGUAAAAGUGUCUAAUACUAUUUACAUGAAAAUGAAUAAAAUACAAAAAAAUAAAUGUUAUGGUUGCCAAAAUCUUACAGUAAUUAUUAUCAUUCAUGAAAAAAAAAAUACAUUAUCUUUGUAGUAUAUCAAUAUACUUUAUUACACUUUUAUAAUCGCUCAAUACAAAUAUAAAUUGUUAUAGUAUGGAUGCUUUUGCCUUCAGUGUUGUCACAAAAAAUAUUAUCGAUAUAUUUCAUAGUCAAUUAAAUACAGCGUGAUGUGAACCACUGAAAAAAUUAAACAUAAUUAAUAUUUCAGAAUUUGUAUCUUAAGUAAUUUCAAUUAAAUGAAUUCCAAUGUUUAUGAAAAUGUGAUAAUAAUUAUUACACCUUUGAUUAAGAGAUAGUUCAUAACAUGUCUCGCUUCCCAAUGAGACCUAACAACAUUCUUGAUUAAAACUAUUUGCCCCUAAAAUUUUGAACAAAAACUUUGUAGCAAAAAGUAUGAGUAUCUCUGAUAGUUGCGAUUUUAGGGGUUGAGGGUUAUGAUUAAACAUUAAGAACACCAAAAAUUGCAAUUAUCAGUGUUGCUCUUUUGUACAGAGUUUAGUAUCCAUGUUGCAAUAAAAAAGCCUUAUCAAUGGGAAGACCAAUGGAAUGAUAAGUAUUAUUUGAAUCACGUGUGAAAACGCAGAUGUUGUAUUUUCCCUCACUCGAAAAAAAUUCGGUUAUCCAUAGCCUAAAAAUAGAGAUUUUACAACCUUUUUUGUUAAAAAUGAAUAUCACAGCUGGCAAUGUAUAUGAAAUAUAUUCAGUGCUUAAAUGCUUAAUCAUGAAUAUUACUGUUUUAUAUCACAUACACAUUAAUAAUAAAAAGGUUGUGUAUCAAAAUGUUGUUUAAAUUAGUGAAGUACCUAAUUGGUAUGUGUAAAAAAAAAAAAAAAACGGGUAUUUGACAAUUUUGUAAACACUUCACAACUUCUACUUAAUCUGUGAGGUCUGCUAUGACUAUUCUAUCUCUACAGUCUUUAAAUUCAAAUUUUACUUAUGAUGUCAAAUACCCUAUAAACUUCGAUUAUAUUUUAUUCGCAUAUUAAUUAAAAUAAACAAUUAUGGUCACUGAAGUCGAGUGGGUAAAUAAAUGGGAAGCAAUCAAUUAAAUUGUUUAUGUGAAUUGGCGAUGGAAUUGGCAAUGAAUGUUGAAAUUGUAUUUUUGUGCACAUAUUGAUAACUUUGAUAAGUAAUAAAAUUGUUAACGCACUUUCUGAAUAUUCGAUUUAAUCUUCUAAAAUUAUGUCUAUACUUCAUUAAUUUUUAAAUUGAGACUGCACCACUUGAGUGCUCUUUGUCAGCCUAAAAUCAUACUUGAGAUGCAAAAACCUCAACUAUGUAAAGAACCAUCAUGUUUAAAUAAUUUAUUUGACAUGUUUGACAAUAAAAUUAUUGUACUAGUAUUAUUAGGUAGUCUCAAGACUAUUUUAUCUAUACCUACUGUAUAAACAGUUUAUGUGAUUGUGUUGUAUUUCAAUAAAUCAAAAUGCUGUUGUGCAUAA